AUGGAGAGUAAACCCGCUAACACGUUCACGGGAGCAGCAAAAUUGCUUCCGCAGCAGCUGGUCUUGCCAGACGCCGCAGAAGCGCUGAAGAGGGCGAAAAUCGAACGCUUUCUGCGGGGAACGGCAACGUUCGAACAAGAGCAAGAGGCCAAGGCCCAUGCCUCCGCGGCAGCUCCAUACUUCAAUCUUCCAGCCAGAGGACAAUCAAUGUGCGCAUAUGAACUCCCUGUGGGUCUUGGCCAUAUCUCAGGUUCCCUGAAGAUCGAUGACCCUCCCACACCAAUGCGCAUCGGGAACCUCUCCACAUUCAUUCAGAAGACGGAUCCGUUAACCGGAAUAAAAUAUUGGGUUGGCCUCACUUGGGCUGAGAUUUUCUUUCCCGUCUUGGGCGAAAGACCAAGCAGUGUUGCGGGGAGCAAGGCCUAUGAGGUUGUCCUCAAGCAGCCGAUCGAGGAUGGUGGCCACAUAGUUCGGGAAAACGUGGUCACGACUGGGAGGGUUGUUGGGGUAGUCGUUGCUGAAUUGCCUCAUGAGACGGUCUCUGUGAGGAUCCAGGACUGGUUUUCAAAGAGCGAUAUGUUCAAGAAGGGUCGUUGGAACCAGCUGGACAUUCAAGCUAGAGAUGGAGCGGGUGCGGAUUUGGCUGUUACGCAUGGAGCACUGCGUGGAGGAAACAAUGAAGAGAAUUCGGUGAGGGCAAGCUGUGACGAGACCCAGCGUUGA